AUGGCGCACAUUGUCAUCAUUGUGAAUUGCUGUCAUUAUGCAGAAACACCAAAACCCAAAGUGACCAUUAAACCUGAUCAUCAUGUAUUCAGAGGAGACUCAGUCACUCUCAGAUGUGACAUUGAUGCUGAAGGAGUCACUAGCUGGAGGUACAGCUGGUAUAAAGAAGGUUCAACCAGAGUUAUCAGUGAACUACAGGAACUCACAUUCAGGUCUGUUUCUGAGUCUGACGCUGGUAAAUACUUCUGUAAUGGAACAGAGACUGAAGGAUCACGACACAGCUCACAACUCAGUGAUGAAGUUACACUGACAGUAUCAGAUCCCAGAGCAGUUUUAAGUGUUUCUCCUCAGAAGUGGUUGACUGAAGGAGAUCCAGUGACUCUGAUCUGUGAGCUUAACGGCUCCUCUACAGGCUGGACAUUCAGCUGGUUCACUCAAACUGUCUCAUCACGUCAGUUACUUCACAAUGCAGUCAGCUACUCUAUUUGCAAACAUUGCGUUUCCUGUGUUUCUGUAGUUGGUGUGAUUCUGGAGAGUCCUGUUCAUCCUGUGACUGAAGGAGAUAAUCUGACUCUACGCUGUUUAUAUCCAUAUACAAGCCCAUCAAUCCUCAGUGCUGACUUCUAUAAAGAUGGAUCACUCAUCCAGAAUCAAACUACAGAGAUGAUCAUCCCUACUGUCUCAAAGUCACAUGAGGGUUUCUACUACUGCAAACACCCAGAGAGAGGAGAGUCGCCCAAGAGCUGGAUCUCAGUCAGAGGGUCUCAUUCAGACUCUCAGAUCUCUGUCCUCAACAUACUCAGUUCUGUACUGGCAGCUUGUCCAUAUCUGCUAGUGACAGUCGUGCUGAUUUACAAAUGCUGCAGAAUGAGAGAUAAAACACCCCAGUGAUUUAUUACAAGUCAUUGUAAUUAAAGUAAAAAUUAUAGUUUGUUGACCAACAACUUAGUCAUUACUAUUGUUAAUACUAUGUGGCUGAAUUACAUAUUUGUAUGUAUGCUUUGUAUACGCUUUCCCUUUUUCUUUCUAAUGUCACCACUGGCAUGCUCACUGGGGGAUUGUAAGGUACUUACAAACUGUAUAUGUAUAUAUGCUUUGAAGAAACAUGAAUUGUGAAAAUGCAAUACAAAUCAAUUGAAUUGAAUUUGUCUCACUCCUCCUGUGUAUCUUUCUCUCUAUAAAUUCACAUAUUCCUAUUCCUUCACAUAUUUCUAGUCAAAUUAUAUAGUUAAAACAUUAUUGUAGUUCAUAGAAGCAAUAAACGCAAUGAGAGUUUUUAAGUUUCCUGUCUUGUAUUGCUGCAAUGCUCUGUAGGUUUUUCAUAUUUAUGUUUAGAGCUGUGAAAUACAAGAAUAGUGUUUAUAGUUUUAAGAAAUUAAUUGUUAUAUGGAUGAUAUUUGGAUAACAUAAUGGACUUUAGUG